CGUUGUCGUGUCUACAUUUGUAGUUGUGUUUGGCCGCGUGCUUUUUCUUCUUCUGAACCGCCCCGUCACUUCUCAAGCCGCAUAGUAGCUGUGUUGGCGUGUUUACUUCCUUCAAUCAUUGCCAUUCGGCAUUCGCCUGGGUGGUUGUGCGCUGGUCGAGUCAGUGAUAGUGCAACCGUGGUGGUGCUGUUGUCAAUUUUUGGGCCUUCGCAAAAGCAACACUGCCCCGGCCGUGCAGUGCCUGACCUCAUUAUCAGAGCUACACUGAUGACAGGGCAGCUAGCGGAUUGCAUUUUUUACUUCAUGCCAAGCGCAUCGCUAGCGUCUUUGUUUUCGUUCGCGGGCACAACAAAUUAUUAUUUCAAUGACAUUGCUGUCGGCCGACAACAGCGGGUAUUUCUAGAUUUCUAGUUUCUAUACGAGUCGGCCAGUGUCCGUGCUGCAAGUACUAGUAGUAUUAGUAACUGCCUGUUGACGCUGGUUCCUGUGUCUGCUCGCCUGUUUUCCGCGUGGUGCUAGCAGCGGAAAGGACGCUGUCAGCCUACGCCGAAGACGAGAAGGAACAACAGUAACUGUUGCUGAAAUUAUUUUGGUGAUGGCGGAUCGCAGUCCCAGCUCUGACGGUGAUACCCGCACGAGCCCUGACGGAGCUCAGUCUCACAGGAACCAUGCACCAGACUCGUCGGAGUACGACUCGCAGCAGCGUCGACACAGUCGGAACUCGGCAGCGGAGCUAGCAGCUACUGCCGAAGAGGACGCGGAGCUUGUCGACUUCCUGACGACGCAUGUCCUGCAGCAGUACGCGGACGCGCUGCGAGCCUCGGGAAUUCGUAAGGUCGAGCAUCUCGCUGAUGUUCAGGAGACAGAUUGUGAGGAGAUGGGUAUGACGAAGUUCGAGUCACGCCGCUUGCUACGCGUCUAUGAGAAAUGGAAGAAGCAUAGAAAAUCCACCAUUCCGAAAAGAUUGGUACGUAUGCUGGGCGGUAGCAGUUCUGCCUCCGGUGCACACGGAGGUACAGCGUGCAAAGGCAAGACAUCAGCGACGGCAGGACAGGCAACGUCCGAAUCGCCAGCACCCGUUGCCAACGUCUGCCUGAUCCACCCUCAGGAGCUGCUCAUCACACAGCCGCUGGGCAAGGGGUCCUUCGGAACCGUCAACCAGGCGGUCUGGACGAUGGCGGACGGCGUGAAGCGCACGGUGGCGGUGAAGACCCUGGAUGCGAGUAAGGAUAAACAGCUGGCAUCGCGGUUCAUCAAGGAAGCCAACAUCCUUCAUCAGGUCUCCUCCCAUCCACACAUCAUUCAGCUGCUUGGCAUCGGCAUUGAUUCGCUCAUGCUGGUAACGGAGCUAGCACCGGAAGGCUCUCUGCUCUCCAAGCUGCGACAGCGUCCGAUGCCCUACAGCGUGAUGCGCCUGUACCUGUUUGCCGAGCAAGUGGCCGACGCCAUGGUCUAUCUGGAGAGGAAGGGCUUGGUGCAUCGAGAUCUCGCCGCCAGGAAUGUUCUCCUGAUGGAUGGCGAGACGGCCAAGAUCAGUGACUUUGGUUUGAGUCGCAUGGCAGCCAGUGAGCUGACGACCGUGAACAGAACCUACACUUCACCAGUGCCAGUGGCAUGGACUGCACCCGAGGCGGUGGCACACAAUCGCUUCAGUCACAAAAGCGAUGUCUGGAGUUACGCCGUUACCACGUGGGAAAUGUUUAGCGAGGGACUGAAGCCCUACGAGGGAAAGCAGAUGUUUGAGAUUGUCAGCAUGGUGCAACCACCGACCAAUUAUCGCUUGCCCCGUCCCAAACUGUGCUCACCGCAAACGUACGAUCUGCUCAGACUCUGCUGGCACGAGAACCCGGACAAGCGGCCGGACUUUCGCCUCCUCAAGGACCUCAUUCAGUCGAGUCGUCCACCGGUUGGCAAGGUGGUGAGCAGUCACAAACCGGGACGUGUUGGUUGCGAGGGAGAACUAGCUCUGACCAAGGGAGAAACGGUGGUGAUCAUUGAUCGCAGCGAUGCUACGGCAUAUUUUGGCCAGAACUCUCAGCUGAAGACGGGGACUUUCCCUGCGGGACGUGUGCACAUACAACAGCAGGACACGGAGAGUGCCGCCUCUGGCAAGAGCAAACUGUCCAGCGGAAGCCCAGCUGCUGUGUCAGCGCCUGCUGCCGCAGCGGCCAUCGGCACACUCAUCGAUCUGCCCACGCCCGUGUCGCCGCCGCUCGAUCCGUACGAUGACGUCAUCGUGACGCCGUCGGGCAAUGUCGUGCAAGGACACCCAGCGGUGGCAAUAACAGACGCGGACUUCUUCGGGCUGAGUCCCGUACGCGUCACACCGUCCAACGCCAGCACCGCAAGCAGCUCCAACGCCACCUUCAGCGCAGCCGGUGGAGCUCUUAACGUAACCUCGGCGACGGCUUCUGUCGGCCCGUCGGACGGAUACAUGAACAUGGCGGCGACUGCGGCUCCGAAGCGUUCUGCAGCACCGCAGUCACCGCCAUUGCCCACGUCCGACUACGCCAAUGCCGAUCUGGCCGCGGCGCACUUGGCCAGCCCCUCGGCAGCCAAGCCCCUGGCACCGGCGCGUCCCCUGCGCCCGCCCAACAGCCGUCCGUCCGGGUACCUGGUGCCGCGCGACAUGACGGAGAACGCACGGCGGGAGAGUCCCUCGCCCACCUCGCUCGGCAACGGUAGUGGCUCGUCGUCCAAUGCUCCCAGUCCGUCUGCUCUAACAAACAGUGGCAGCAGCAGCUGCGGAAAUGCUGGCACAGCUGCCGUCAGAAGUACUGGACAUGUGCCCCCGGUGGUAAAGAGCACCGCAACUGUCCGAGAUCGGCCUGUUCCAGCCGCUAGGCAGUCUUCGGGCAUGUCAGUCACCGUGGCAACUGUUGCACAGACAGCCGGCGACGCCACGCAGCCCUACGCAAUGCUGUCCACCGACCGCGUACCGAGAAAGCUGCUCCGAAAGCUCGCCAUGGACCUGCCGUUGCUUCAUACACCUCGGGACACCUUCCCAGCCGAAGCAAGCGGCCACCUCGGCCUCACCGAACACGUCCGCAGCCGCAACCGGUGGCUCCGCACAGUCUGGCAAUCUCUAUGAGAGUAUCUCACAAGGAUUUCCACCACCGCAGACACAACACGACAGACAACAUCAGGAACCAGCUACGUCGCCGGCCUACCACAACUCCGAGAUCUUCGGUCGCGGCGGACCACCUGUGCCCGCGAACCAAUCUCACGCGGCGACCCCUUCGACAGCCUCCCAUCUCCCGAAGGCAGGCGGUGCAGGUCGUCCUCUAACGGUUUCGACCGCAUUCUCCCCGACUGCUACCCUUCCCUCAGACACGAGCUCCAUCGUAAUGGUGAGUUUGUAGCGCAGAGGAAUGAAGAUCAUCCGUACAACAUUGCCGGGAUAAGUAGCUCUGCAGGAAACCCUGUGCGUGGGAUGUGCUGUGUUGCUGCAGGCAAUCUCAGGGCCCAGUCUAUCGGUUCCAGUUCUUGGAACCGAUAGACU